UACAUGCAUAGCGCGGCCCCGUCUUUAAAGAAUGAACGUCGGUAUGACGUCAUAUUUUUGCGGCGGAAGUUGCUGCCUAAACUUCUGUCAGAGGCGUCGCUUCGCUUUACCCUUCACAUGUCCCCGUGCGUAUGAUCUCUGAGAAAGGUAUUGACAUGGCUGAUUUUAGUUCAAGCUUUGAUAUGCCGUCGGCUAGUUCUUCAGAAAGUGCCGAUGCUGCGGAGCUUCAGCGUCUGAUUGCAGUGGAGCAGCAGAAAGCGCAGUUUCAAGCGCAGGUACACAACUUUACGGAUGCCUGCUGGGAUAAAUGUGUGGACAAACCGAGCAGCAAAUUGGACUCACGAACUGAGACGUGUCUCGUAAGCUGUGUGGAACGUUUCAUCGACACAACCCUCACCAUCACGAAUCGCUUUACACAGAUGGUCCAGAAGGGCGCGCAUUGAUGAAGGACAGUGUGUCCUCAAAGACAGUUGGCACAAAUUGUCGUUAUUUUUAUGGUGUACUGCUUCCUGCAUGGUCCGCCUAAGAGGCUGUUCCUGUAAAGUCUAAAGCCUUUGCUCACACUCUCUGAAAUUUGUAUAACAUUAUAGCUGAUCCAUUGGAACAGCCAGCAGAUUAUAUACACUGUAUGACGAACGAAUGUUUGCUGUCCAUUAUCAUCAGAACAUGUAGUUUGCAUUUUGCUGUACCAUUUCCAUCACUGCAAUACACUGUUAUACAUAUGUAGAACUAUCCCGGUUUUGAUUGAAUAAAAUAAAUAAAACUGCUUCGAGAACAGUUUUGAAUAGCCUAACUUCAAAGUUUUCUAAAUGUUUUUGCCUGAUGAACUUACUAUUUUUCUCCUAUUCCUGUAGUAACAAAGCAGUGAUGUCAUGGUAACCUGGUUAGUAUUACUUGCUCAACAAUUUUUUUUUCUCUUCAGUUUUACUCGAUUCUCUUAUGUGCAUAUUACUCAAAAAAUGCAUGUAACCAAGGGAACAUAAAUGACCUGAGUUGAUUGAACUAAAAUAAUUGUGUUGUCAGCUUUUCUUAAUCCAUUUGCAUUAGGACAAUAUUAACAUUUUUAGUUUGGUUAACUAAAACUGGACAGAGGAUUUCUAGUUCCCAGCAUGCUUUGCAUGGGACUCGACAUGUAGAGUAAAUGUUAUUAUAUGUCUUUGUAUAAGAUGAAUAUAAAUGGGGAGAUGUG